AUGGCCGCUUCCAGGACACGUCGAUCUACAUCGUACCGAGGAGGAGACACCUCCGACUCCGACACGAUGGAAUCUUCCGUCGGAUGGGACGACGCCCUCGAUUGGCUCAAGCUUGAGCAGCACCAGUCGGUCUCCCGCUCUGUUUCGCUCCCGCGUCACGGCAAUUACAAGUGUUUGCUUGAAGGGGAACGCGUCUUGGCCGAGGGACAUGGUGUUGUUCUUGUUAAUACAGAUGAAGCAGGCACACUGGUAGUGACUAAUUUUCGUCUUAUGUUUCUGAGUGAGGGAACUCAAAAUACUGUCGCACUUGGCACAAUACCGUUGGCAACAAUUGAGAAGCUGAGCAAAUUGGUUGCAAAGAACCAAUCAGCUCCACGGCAAUCUGAAAAGUCUACUUCAAGACGGCUCCUCCAGGUUAUUGGCAAAGAUUUGAGAAUUGUAGUCUUUGGUUUUCGCCCUAGAACAAAGCAGAGGCGUGUUAUAUAUGAUGCCCUACAGAGAAGUUCAAAGCCUCUGAGAAUCUGGGAUCUUUUUGCAUUUACCUGUGGAUCGUUAAAGUUCAGCAACACAAAUCCCAAAGUGCGGCUGCUGAAUGAGUAUUUUCGCCUCCUUGGAAAAGGUUCUUAUGGUGCAACGAUGAAUAUGAUUGAGAAGGAGUCUUAUAUGAAAUAUAAUGAGCUGUGGCGGAUCAGUAAUGUGAAUUCCAGCUACUCAAUUUGCCAAACGUACCCAUCUGCCUUGGUCCUUCCAAAAUCCGUCAGUGACGAUGAGGUGAUCCAGGCAUCCACCUUCCGCGCUAGGGGUCGCUUGCCUGUAAUUUCAUGGUGUCAUCCAGUGUCGGGGGCACUCCUUGCUCGGUCAUCCCAGCCUUUAGUUGGUCUUAUGAUGAAUCUGAGGAGCAAUGCUGAUGAAAAACUUGUUGCUGCACUUUGCACUCGACCUGGUGGGGCUCGUGGGAGGAGGAAGUUAUACAUUGCUGAUGCACGUCCAAGAAAAAAUGCUCUAGCUAAUGGGGCAAUGGGGGGUGGCUCAGAGUCAUCUUCCAACUAUUUUCAGUCUGAGGUAGUCUUUUUGGGGAUUGACAAUAUACAUGCAAUGAGGGAGAGCCUUUCUCGGUUGAGAGACUACCUGGAUACUCAUGGCACAACAUCGUCAGAUGGAAUGUCGUCUUUUCUGAGGCAUGGCGGUUGGACAUGGGGUGGAGGCAAUCUCAGCAGUAUGUCUGCUUCUGUGUCUGCCUUCGGGGACAGUGGUUGGCUGACUCAUGUACAGAGUGUCCUGACUGGUGCAGCCUGGAUUGCAGGACAUGUUGCUUUAGAAUCAGCAUCUGUUCUUGUACAUUGCAGUGAUGGAUGGGACAGAACUUCUCAGCUGGUUGCACUUGCUAACUUAUUGCUUGAUCCAUACUAUCGAACUUUUACUGGGUUUCAGGUGCUUAUUGAAAAGGAUUGGCUUGCAUUUGGUCAUCCGUUUGCAGAUCGUAUGGGAAUUCCAACUACAUCUGGAAGCAGCAAGAUGCCAUUUGAAUUAACACGUCAAGCUUCUGUCGGGAGUUUUCCGCCCUCCCCUGGUCGGCAAUCAGUGGGAUCGAGUCCAGCUCCCAGUGCUUCUCAUGCACAGAACAACUGUUCUCCAAUAUUUUUACAGUGGAUCGACUGUGUGUCUCAGCUACUUCGGAUCUAUCCUUUUGCUUUUGAGUUCUCAUCGGCUUUCCUGGUUGAGUUAUUGGAUUGCAUGAUGUCAUGCCGUUUCGGGAACUUCUUCUGUAAUAGUGAAAGGGAAAGGCAGCAAAUUGGUAUUGCUGAAGCAUGUGGUUGCAUGUGGGCUUAUCUGGCUGAUGUACGCUCCUCACAAGGAAGGUCUCAUGGUCACUACAACUUAUUCUAUGAUCAACUGAAACAUGAUGGUCCCUUAUUACCUCCAGCAGCAGCUUUGGCUCCUACCUUGUGGCCUCAAUUCCAUCUUCGAUGGGCCUGCCCAUCAGAAGCACAAGCUGACGAUGAGCUUGAAGAUCGAUGCAAACAAAUGUCGCUUAGAUUUAAUGAACUACACAAGGCAAAAGAGGUAGCAGAGAAGAAAGCUGCUGACAUGACCAGUGCCUUUGAAUCAUUGUCUGUGGAGUUGCGGCAUGAGAAGCAGCUAAGUAGCUCCUCGAUAGCCUUGGCGAAGAGAGCCAGCAAGGAAAGUGCAGCAAUAAGGCGGGCCAUACAGUCCCUGGGAUGCAACGUUCAUUUCGCCAGUGGUGGCGGUGGCGACAUUGAGACCAGCAGCCCUUUGGAUGAUAGAUUAACAAGUCGGGAAUCAAAUGGCCAAAAUGACGAGUCGGAUCUUUCGGUUUCGAUUUCGAUGGUGGCAGACGAGAAUGUUUCUUCUGCUAGCAAUCCCAUCAGCCGGAUAUGUGAGACUUUGUGCCCACUACGUACGCGUGAGGGGGGAUGCAAAUGGCCCGAUGCUGGUUGUGCUCAGCUUGGCAGUCAGUUCCUUGGACUGAAAGCAAACUAUGAUGCCUUUGACAAGCUUUCUAUAUAUGAUAGCUAUUUCCAAACAGAUUGA